AUGGGCGAUUUUACGGUUGCGUUAAACCCUCCCAAAACCUUCGGUGCCGAGAUUCUACCACCCGUCAAUCGCAAUUCCGCGGCGGUGCAGCGGCGCGUAACCACACUCCCCUUCAAACCACACGGAUUUCGAGCAAUCCGCGCCUCGGUGAUGCCGAGAGAAGGUCAGCAACAACCGUCUCUGGGAGACGCACUCGUGAACAGUCCGCGCAGAAACGACAUCGUUGAUGUUAUCAGAGGAAGCGCACUCUCUAACUGCCUCUCCGAAAGUAACCUCCAUAACACCGUUCCCGGUCUCGUGUCCAAAACCCGGGGCAAAGUUCGAGAUAUUUACGAUGCUGGGGAUUACCUCGUUUUGGUGACAACUGAUCGGCAGAGUGCGUUUGAUAGGAUUCUUGCUUCCAUUCCUUUCAAAGGCCAGGUUCUCAAUCAGACAAGUUUGUGGUGGUUUGAAAAAACUAAACAGAUAGUUUCUAAUGCAGUUGUAUCGGCUCCAGAUAAAAAUGUUACAAUAGCUAAGAAAUGUUCAGUUUUCCCUGUUGAAUUUGUUGCAAGAGGAUUUGUCACUGGAAGUACUGAUACAUCUCUAUGGACAGUCUACAAUAACGGUGUUCGGAAUUAUUGUGGAAAUGUCCUCCCAGAUGGAAUGGUAAAAAAUCAGAAGUUGUUUGAAAAUAUACUCACUCCAACAACCAAGGCUGCAGAUCAUGAUGUUCCUGUCACUCCAGAUGAGAUUAUAGAAAGAGGACUUAUGACUCAAGCUGAUUAUGACGAAGUGAGUGAAAAAGCAUUAUCCUUGUUUGAAUAUGGACAGCAAGUGGCUUCACAGCAUGGCCUCAUAUUGGUAGACACUAAGUAUGAGUUUGGGAAGGCAAAUGAUGGUUCAAUUAUGUUGAUUGAUGAGGUCCAUACUCCUGAUUCAAGUAGAUAUUGGAUUGCCAAUUCUUACCCGGAGCGCAUUCAAAAUGGUCUUGAGCCUGAAAAUAUUGACAAGGAGUUCUUGAGGCUGUGGUUUAAAAGUCACUGCAACCCAUAUGAAGAUGAGGUCCUUCCUGAUGCUCCUGAAGAUCUUGUUUGUGAGUUAUCCUGGCGAUAUAUUUUCUUGUACGAGACUAUAACAAAAUCAAAGUUUGAGUUGCCAUCGACCGAGGAGCCUAUACAUGAUCGAAUUUCUCGAAAUGUUGCAUCUGCAUUGUCAUCUUUGAAGUAG